AUGUCGCAGGAGACUCUGCAUACUGGUCCAUUGUCCGACGAUGUGACUCACUCUUCAUCUGAUGAACGCAAUCUUAUUGACGACGUAACGCCCGGGAACCGUGUAUCAGCUCACCGGCCGCCGCUGCGCGCGCGGCCGCAGUCAUGGCAUCCAUACGGCCCAGUCGAACCACCAUUGGAACCUUCGAUGGCACGACCCAUCGGUGUUCAUUCUAUCUUGAACCAUCCCGCACAAGGCACGGCCGAUUUGGGGGGCAAUAUGAAAUUGAGUCGGCCAGGACUAUCAUCUUCCCCUAGACCCCGACAGGGUUCUUCGCCAGCACCUCGUUCGGGGUAUCCGCUUGUACAACAGCCAUUAUCUCCGAGAUCUCUCCCACGGUCUCUUAUGAACCCCGGAUCACCUUCUGCACGGUUUGUUGGUAGUAGUGGAAGGACAUCAGGCCAGUCGAGCGUGUCUCAUUCUCCGCGGGUACCUCAUGAACCACCUCUGGGUCCGCGCCAACAACCUCCCGUCAGCUCACCUCUCCCGUUGGACGCUACACUCCGUCCGAUUGCAUCACUACCAGGCACGCAGCCUCCGACGUCUGCAUCCCUACACUCAACACCGAGCAUCCACUCGCGGCGCACCAGCGCUGGCCCAGGGCCACUGACGAAUUCAAAUUCUCUGGAAGCAAGCCCGUCUACACCGCACUCUACAUUUAGCCAAUUCGGCCGUGGUUCCCCUGCCGUUACGAAUGUGUCUAUCCCGCCCAGCGCGGUGGGAUACGGAGCACCGGCACCCUACAUGACCGUCGAGUCGUUGAAUCGUGGUAUUCCAGUCACAGCUGGCCCACGCAGCGUCCCCGAGGACAUGGCCGGGGCUACAGGGAUGAUACCGUGCGUUCUGGACCUUAAAUCCGGUUCAUCAACACAAGCAGAGAAACGUAAAGCCAACAGUGAUGCCUCACGGCGCUUCCGCAACCGCAAGCGCAACGAAAUGCAGCUCGAGCAGCGACUUAAUGCCCAACAGGAAGAGAUCCAGCGCAAUACAGAGACCAUCCGGCGGCAGAGUGAGGAAAUACAUUUCCUGGCUCUGCAGAGGGAUCAUUACCGGUCCGAGCGUAAUUUCUUCCGUGAUACGCUCGAUCGCUCGGGGACUGCGAUUUAUUCGUCGCCGAGACCGCCUUCUCCACGGCCUGCGCAGUCAAGUCUAGUCCCGGUGUUGGAUACCCCUACUUCAGGGCCUGGACACAGUGCUGCGGCCGGGACAGGACAGAGUGCGGCGAGCCGGGUGUUGGAUUCGGCGAGGCCACAGGCUAGUUGGUCGGGAACUGGUAGCCCAACCUCGUACUCGCCUGCACCCUCCGCAGGACGAAGUGUGCCUCCGCACCAGGGACCGCAGCCGCUAGCUGGUGUUUCUCUGCCGCCUUUUCAAGGGUCGUGGUCGCGAGCAUGA